CUUUGAUGAGACAUAGAUUCAUUGCGUUUGUGUUGUGGCUAACACUCAAACCAAAAUACUCACAAACAUGAGUACUACUUCCACUCACACCCACAAAGAUAUUGAUGAACCAUUGCUAGCAUCCAAUGAACCAACAGCACAAGAACUACCAUCGUCCUUCACUCAUUCGUUUGGUUCAAAACAUGAAUCAGAUGGUGAACUUGAAAGAAUUCUAUCUGACACAAGUCUUCCUUUUCUUAAACGUCUUGGACUUGCUUCAUGGGUUGAGCUUAAGAUGCUUUUUUACCUUGCUGCCCCUGCUGUUAUUGUGUACCUUGUCAACUAUGUCAUGUCAAUGUUAACUCAAAUAUUUUCUGGGCAUCUUGGUAAUUUGGAACUUGCUGCUGCUUCACUUGGAAAUAAUGGGAUCCAAAUCUUUGCUUAUGGCCUCAUGUUGGGCAUGGGGAGUGCUGUGGAGACACUAUGUGGACAAGCAUUUGGCGCAAAAAAAUAUGACAUGUUAGGCAUAUAUAUGCAAAGAUCAACGGUUCUUCUCAGUAUAACUGGUUUAGUAUUGACAGUAAUAUACAUACUCUCCGAACCACUUUUGAUCUUUCUAGGAGAAUCAUCAGAAAUUGCAUCAGCAGCAUCACUUUUUGUCUAUGGUCUAAUCCCACAAAUAUUUGCCUAUGCUAUGAACUUUCCAAUACAAAAAUAUCUUCAAGCACAAAGCAUAGUUGCACCAAGUGCAUACAUAUCUAUAGCAACAUUGUUUAUUCACGUUAUAUUAACUUAUGUUGCUGUGUACAAAAUUGGACUUGGUUUAUUGGGUGCUUCGUUGGUUUUGAGUUUCUCUUGGUGGAUAAUUGUGAUAGCACAGUUUGUGUAUAUUGUGAAGAGUGAAAAGUGUAAACAUACAUGGAAAGGGUUUAGUUUUCAAGCCUUUUCAGGGUUGUCAGAGUUUUUCAAGUUAUCAGCUUCAUCAGCAGUGAUGUUGUGUUUAGAGACUUGGUAUUUUCAAAUAUUGGUUUUGCUUGCUGGACUACUUCCUCAUCCUGAAUUGGCGCUUGAUUCUCUCUCUAUUUGUACCUCAAUAUCUGGAUGGAUGCUUAUGACCUCAGUUGGAUUUAAUGCAGCUGCAAGUGUGAGAGUGAGCAAUGAAUUAGGAGCAGGAAAUCCAAAAUCAGCCUCAUUUUCUGUUUUGGUGGUGACAGCGAUUUCUUUCAUAGUAUCAGUCAUAACAGCACUUUUGGUGAUUGCAUUUAGAGAUGUCAUUAGCUAUAUGUUUACCGAGGGUGAAGAAGUCGCUGCUGCUGUCUCAGAUCUUUGUCCUCUCCUCGCUCUUGCCAUUGUCCUCAAUGGCAUUCAACCUGUCUUAUCAGGGGUGGCUGUUGGAUGUGGAUGGCAAAGUUUUGUUGCAUAUGUAAAUGUUGGUUGUUAUUAUGGAAUCGGUAUACCUUUGGGUUCAGUUCUUGGUUUCUAUUUCAAAUUUGGUGCCAAGGGAAUAUGGUUGGGAAUGUUAGCUGGGACGGUUUUGCAAACAAUUAUUUUAGUGUGGACUACAUUUCGAACCGAUUGGAGUAAAGAGGUUGAAGAAUCAAGAAAGAGGUUGAACAAGUGGGAGGACAAGAUUGAUGAGACACUCCUUAAGAACUAAGAGGCCUUUUGUUUUGCAAUGUGAUUAAGAUAUCAUUAUUCUAAAUAAAUCAGUAUUGUGAUACGUAUGAAGUGAUUUAUUUUUCUUUUUUUCUUGAAAAAUAAAAACUAAAAAAAUAUGUUAAUGUCAUGUGAAAUUCAGUAUAUGAUUAUUUAUGUUCAGAUAAUUGUGAGGAAGUGAUGCAGAUUUGUUGGCAAUGUAUACAAUCAUAAUACAUUAUGCUAGGGAUAAUAUGAUGUAUUUGUGGUUGCUUUCUA